AUGGGAGGCAUUGGAGGAGCUAUGAGCUUUGCUGAAGAUAAAUCAAAUAUAAUGAGAGAAAAAUGAAAAAUAAAAGAAAAUCUUAAAAAAAUCAAAGAAGAAAGUGCCAAGAUUGGAACACUAUUGGAGUAUAAAACAUUAUCAAAAAUUGCUAAUAAAGAUAGCAUUUUUGCUGAUAUAGAUGUCUCGAAUCCAACAGGUCAAAGAACAAUGUUUGAUAGUGAUUUAUUUUAG